CUUUCAGACCUCGGCACGAUGAAUGAGAGUUAACCCAGGUCCCCGCAUCCCCCGAGGUCCAGCUCUGCUCCAGUAGAGACCAAUGGAGACAUGUUUUCGCCCGCUUUUUGUGUGUUGUUUCAAAUACUCCUCCUAACCUCCACGUUUACACGGCGUUAUUCACGACUAGAAAGCCCUUGUCCCGUCAAUUCAAAGCUGCGCAGGACGUCAGAGUAUAAAAUUUGAUCCCAAAGACUUGGAAAUUGCCAUGGAACUAGUUGCGGCUGCCACGCUCGCAGGAGGCGUUGCCUCCAGCAUGUACCUCGACGCCAAAUACCACUUGUCGAAGGACGCCAAAUCGCUGCUAAUGCGCCGAAGAAUCGUCAAGUCAAUUGAGAACUCGGUCAAGACAGGUCGAGUGUCGCCAUACUACAUAUUCGAGGACUCAGUAGAAAGACACCCCUACGACGAAGCUAUUUGGACUCGAGACGGCAGUAUAUCGUGGAAGACAACCUACGACCGAUCGAACCAAUAUGCCCAGCUGUUUCUAUCUCAUGGAGUGAAACCUGGUGACUUUGUUGCUCUGUUCAUGCAAAACUCACCAGAUUUCGUUUUUGCCUGGAUGGGACUGAUUGCCGUUGGCGCGGCGCCGUCUAUGAUCAACUACAACCUCACUGGGAAAGCUCUCCUUGGAGUUAUCGAGAUCAGUACGGCCAAGUUGAUGCUCGUCGACGGGGGCUCUGACAUUGUUGAAAAAUAUGCGAGCGUACAGACAGAAUUAGAUCUCAAAGGCAUCAAAGUUAUCAACAUUGGGGAAGAGAGAUCGCGGAUCUACCAAAGAGAUCCCGUUCGUCCCAGAGACGAACUGAGGAAGAGCGUCACGCCCGCCAGUGCAAUGUGCAUGUUUUACACCAGUGGCACUACUGGUAUUCCGAAAGCCGUUGUUUUCCCUACCUCCGGGGCUGGGGCGCUGGCAUCACAGAAUUCAUUUUUUGGUGGUCGGGAGAGAUGCUACAUAUGUAUGCCGUAUUAUCACGGAACUGGUGGCCUUACCAUGAUAUCACAGAUUUUUGCUGGAUCUACCGUUUGCAUGGCACCAAAGUUCAGCGUUUCAAAUUUCUGGGAUGACGUCCGCGCUUCUCAUGCAACAUGGUUCGUGUAUGUCGGCGAGACACUUCGGUACUUACUGGCUGCUCCACCGUCUCCUCGAGACAAAGAUCACAGCAUUCACACUGUAUUCGGCAAUGGCUGUCGACCAGACGUAUGGGGACGUUUCCAGGAACGAUUCGGCAUCGACACCAUGUGGGAGUUUUACAACAGCACUGAAGGCCCGUUGGGUUUCCGUAAUCCAGCUCGGGGUGAAUUCUUCGCUAAUGCUAUCGGACACCAUGGUCUGUUGUUGCGAAUCAAAUACAGGAACAAGAUAGUGCCUGUCGAGGUCGAUGCGGAAACCGGCCACAUUAAGCGUGACCCAAAGACGGGGCUUGCCCUCCGUGCUCCGUACGAGGUUGGUGGAGAAAUCCUGACCGAGCACCCCGGCGAACGCCCGUUUCCGGGUUACUUCAACAACGAGGAUGCCACCAGCAAGAAGUUAGUGAGAGACAUCCUCAGGAAAGGGGACUGUUUCUAUCGAACUGGGGAUUCGCUCAGGCGUGAUGGCGAUGGCAGGUGGUUCUUUCUAGACCGCCUUGGAGACACCUACCGCUGGAAAGGCGAGAACGUUUCGACCGCAGAAGUCUCCGAAGUCCUCGGCAGCUAUCCUGGAGUGAACGAAGCGGUCGUCUAUGGUGUUCGACUUCCAGGGCACGACGGCAAGGCAGGCGCAGCUGCACUUGACAUUGCACCGGCUCACAAAUCGUCAUUCAGCUAUACUGAUUUUCUCAGUUAUGCACGAGCCAGGCUUCCGGGAUACGCUGUUCCUAUCUUCAUUCGACUACUCAACCAGGGAACAGCAACACAUAACAACAAACAGAACAAGGUCCCAUUGAAGAAUGAAGGCGUUGAGCCAAGCAAGGUCCAAGGAGGUGAUAAAGUUCUCUGGAUCGAGAAGCAUGGUAAGGGCAAUACAUACGUCCCCUUUACGCAGGACGAUUGGAACAAUCUUGGCAUAGGACGAGCAAAGCUAUAACGAAGACAGUACACUUUUUGCGCUCGAGUUACAAGGAACAACAAGAGAAGCCGUACGUUUUUUGCCAAUUCUAACAUGUACAACAUGGCCUCGGUCG